UUUAUAUUUGCCACCCCGUAUUUCCAAGUUGCCACGCACUUGUUCAUUUUUCUUCUCAAUCAUCUUUGUCCCAUUUUUCUCUCAUUUUCCACUUUGCAAACUUCCCUUUGAAUAUCCUAAAAGAAGAAGAAAUGGCAGAUCAGCUCACAGAUGAUCAGAUCUCUGAAUUCAAAGAAGCUUUCAGCCUUUUCGAUAAGGAUGGAGAUGGUUGCAUCACCACUAAGGAGCUUGGGACAGUGAUGCGGUCGUUGGGACAAAAUCCAACUGAGGCUGAGCUUCAAGACAUGAUCAAUGAAGUAGAUGCUGAUGGAAAUGGAACCAUUGAUUUCCCGGAGUUCCUUAACCUGAUGGCUCGCAAGAUGAAAGACACUGAUUCUGAGGAGGAGCUCAAGGAAGCUUUCAGAGUGUUCGACAAGGAUCAGAACGGAUUUAUCUCUGCAGCCGAGCUGCGCCAUGUCAUGACAAACCUAGGCGAGAAGCUUACUGAUGAAGAAGUUGAUGAGAUGAUUCGUGAAGCUGACGUGGAUGGUGAUGGCCAGAUCAACUAUGAGGAGUUCGUCAAAGUCAUGAUGGCCAAGUGAGAACUGAUCAACUCGACUUCAUUCUUAGAAGUAAAAAAUUACAAAAAAAGAAGCUGGAAACAGGGCAGAUAAAUUGGAUGAGAUUUCUAUAUUUGGUUAGGAUACGUUCUUUGACGUUGUUAGCUUUGUUUGGGUGCUUGCCUGUUUUCGUACUCGCAUUGUUUUGUAGUGCUACUCUUCAGUAUAUGCUUGUCUGCUCUGUUUGUCAGCAAGUCUUGGUUUUUUCUUCUUAAAUUCCAGCAUUUUGAACUUAUGACAAUUGGAGAUUUUCAUUCUGAGUGACUAAUUUUGUUGAUAUUCCAGAUUCUUGUGUAUGUUUGCUCUUUA